AUGGGGGAAGGAGAAAAGGGCGAGCGAUGGGGCAAAGAGGAAAGGGCGAGCAAGCGAGUGAGCGAGCGAGCGAUGGGGGAAGGAGGAAUGGGUGAGGGAUGGGGCAAGGAGGAAAGUGCGAGCGAGCGAGCGAUGGAGCAAGGAGGAAAGGGCGAGCGAGCGAUGGGGCAAGGAGGAAAGGACGAGCGAGCGAGCGAGCGAUGGGGCAAGGAGGAAAGGGCGAGCGAGCGAUGGGGCAAGGAGGAAAGGGCGAGCGAGCGAGAGACCGAUGGGGGAAGGAGGAAAGGGCGAGCGAGAGACCGAUGGGGGAAGGAGGAAAGGGCGAGCGAGCGAUGGGGCAAGGAGGAAAGGGCGAGCGAGCGAUGGGGGAAGGAGGAAAGGACGAGCGAGCGAGAGACCGAUGGGGGAAGGAGGAAAGGGCGAGCGAGCGAGAGACCGAUGGGGGAAGGAGGAAAGGGCGAGAGACCGAUGGGGGAAGGAGGAAAGGGCGAGAGACCGAUGGGGGAAGGAGAAAAGGGCGAGAGACCGAUGGGGGAAGGAGAAAAGGGCGAGGGGGCGAUGGGGGAAGGAGAAAAGGGCGAGGGGGCGAUGGGGGAAGGAGAAAAGGGCGAGGGGGCGAUGGGGGAAGGAGAAAAGGGCGAGGGGGCGAUGGGGGAAGGAGAAAAGGGCGAGGGGGCGAUGGGGGAAGGAGAAAAGGGCGAGGGGGCGAUGGGGGAAGGAGAAAAGGGCGAGCAGGCGAGAGACCGAUGGGGCAAGGAGGAAAGGGCGGGCGAGCAAUGGGGGAAGGAGGAAAGGGCGAGCGAGCGAUGGCGGAAGGAGGAAAGGGCGAGCGAGCGAUGGCGGAAGGAGGAAAGGGCGAGCGAGCGACAGGGGAAGGAAAGGGCGGGCGAGGGAGCGACGGGGGAAGGAGGAAAGGGCGGGCGAGGGAGCGACGGGGGAAGGAGGAAAGGGCGAUCGAGCGAGUGA